UACAAUGAAAUUAUACACCAUCUCGAUUUAGAAAAAUAGUUUUUGCCAAAACUGUCAUGGAACAUAUAAAUAUCUUAAGUUUGCUACUCCUUUUGCUAGUCACCUGUGCAGCAAAUCGCUUUCAGAAUGAAUCGGAAUUAUCCCUCAACCGGACUCGUCGCCUAUCCUUUGGCAUGUUUAACGAAGAUACCCUUCGCCUGGCCAAAUUUAUGGUGUCUAUAAGGACCCGAUCAGUCCGUUAUUUUUAUGGAGAAAAUCACUUUUGUGGAGGCGUCAUCAUUGCGCCACGAUACGUCUUGACAUCGGCACACUGCCUUAUUAUCCGAAGCACGAGAGUCAUUUAUCCCGCCUAUGUGCUCCUCAUUGUAGCCGCGACACCCAAUAGGCUCAGAUACCAGUCGGGAAUCAGUUUCCACUCGGGAGUGGAACGAAUUUACGUUCCCGAUAACUUUACGCUCCGGAAUGAGCAGGAUAUUGGAGUCUUGUUAUUAACAACUAAGUUUCCCAGAGAUAACAAAAACAUCGCCAUUGCCAAAUUGCCCUACAGACCCGUCCAAAUGGGUGCCAUGUGCAAUGUCAUGGGUUGGGGUCGAAUGUACAAAAACGGACCGAUCAGCGCAACAAUCCUACAUGCUCACAUAAGAAUACAAAAUCCAAAAGUUUGUACCGACCUGCUGGGUAUCACGAAAAAGGAUUUGCUCUGCGGAACGGAUGAAGACAAGGAUGUGCAGCAGCAUCCGUGCGGUGGUGACCGUGGCUCUCCAUUGAUGUAUAAUGACCUGAUCUUUGGGAUUGUGAGUUAUCUGGUAGAUUGCGGUGGCUACGAUUUGCCAUCUGUGUAUACCGAUGUAUACCAGAGCAUUGGUUGGAUCCGAAGGAUAUUAAUGAAUAAUAGCAAUGUAUGCCAUGUUUCUCUUGUACUACUUUAUGGUGCUAUAGUGUUAAAUUUCUUGUUAAUUAAUUAACG